AUUCGAACUCCUCCUCUCCUCUUAACAUCCUGCAUCAUUCGCAGCGCCAUUGUUACACCCACCUAGUCUUACAUUUAUCGAGAAUAAUAUCACUAUGCAUUCUUCGCAACAAUUCUCUUUUCUAAGGAGAGCUGCCAGUCCUUCUAUUAAGGAUGUUAAUGCCGAGCCUACCACACAAGCUGUCGAUACCAAAAUCAUUUCCAAGGACACAAGAUUCUCCAAUAUUGAUACGUUCUCUCCUAAUAACGAACCAUUGCUAGUAGACUCAGCCGCUACCGCAACCACAACCCCUAAAGAUCCGCCGCAUCCACCCCCUUCGGACGGGGUUAUUAUCAAUCGCCAUAUAAAGUUGAGUUGCAAUGCCGGUAAGCCCCAGUCUUAUAACAAGACGGGCAAAGAGAUCCAGUUUGUGGUCCCAGUCAGUCCUUCUUCAUUCCAGCGGACCAACUCUAUGGAUGUCUCAACAGACGGUAGAAUCCUGAGCAUGGGUUCGGGCCUACGCCGUAGGCGAGGCCGUCCCCCGCUCUUUCUCUUGGACGACGCUAUGGCCAAGACUUCGAUUUCAGGAACGCCGGCAGAGAUCGGUGAGCUGAGCAAACCAGCUGAAGCAAAUCCCGAUAGCUGUAAUCCCCGUAGUGGAUUCUCUUCACCAGGAACACCUCCAUACUCCCCACCGAAUUCUUCUCAGUCCUCAUCCUCGUCCUGGUCACCAUUAUCAUCGCGACCGUCGUCGGCACUCCGCAGUCCUGUUGGUCAGGUAACGCAAUCGGUGACGAGAACAUCCCGCAGCACCGUCCGUUCGAAUUCAGCCCCGCUCUUCUUCUUUGCUGAGCCCUAUCAUCCACCUACCUCAAAGGUGGACAGACGUGCAUACAACUCUCGGAAAGAGCUGAAGCAGGCCCAGGCAAAAGAACAUCAAUUACAGCAGUUAUGUUAGAGUCAUAAUUGCCCGGGUUUUUUAACUCCGUUAAAAAGAAAAAAAGCUGCUCUAUGGUACAUUCACUUUUGUUACCAGCAAAGGUACAGCCAGCAAUAACAAUAAAAAUAACGAUAACAGCAGCAACAACAAUAAUAGUAAUAGUGAUAAUGGUGAUAAUAAUAAAUAUUCACAACAUCUACUCCUGG